AUUUUUUUUUUAGCAACUUUGACUUUUGUAACAGUUUCAGUAUGUAUUGGUACUUUGCUUGCAGUUUCCUUGCUCCACUCUUGGAUUCUGGGAAACGGUGCUUAUCACUUUGCCUAGAGCAGAUGACAAUGACAGGGUCACAUGACCAAAAAAAGCAAGCCUGUGUUUUUCCUUGUAAGAGACUGAUUGGACAAAUCAAAAGAAGGGGGUGGGCUCGGGAGCAGCACACAUGAGUUGUCAAACAGGUUUGCCCUGUGUGAUUUGAAACACACGGUGUGUUCGCUAGAACACACGAAGGAGAAACCCAGGUGAGACUUAGGAACUCAAGGCAACCUGUAAAGGAAGUCCAAAUGUCAAGGAGCUAGAGUUCAGCUGAGUUGCCGAGGUUGAGUCACUUCAAAUAUGCCAUUAAGGUGAUCAUGAGAGAACCAUACAGCCACAUAAACAGAGGAUAACAGUGAGGACUAAAUAGAUUGAAUUCCAAGGUGGCUCGGGAAGUGGACAAGGUACGACUGCCAGGCCACAAAAUGCCUGUGGAAACGCUUCAACACUCCGUGAGGCAACCAACAAAGACUGCUGUUGCUCCUCCACCCCCACGCUUGCGACCCAAGGGGCAAGUGGGGCUAGAUUUCUACCAGAAGUAUCAAAAAGCUGCAAGCAGACCAAAGCAGAGUGCUGUGGAAAGGCUCGAGGCAGACAAGGCUAAAUAUGUCAAGAGUCAGGUAGCUCUUACCAAGCAGCAGCCAGUCAGGCCUGAAGUGCGUAAGCCUCUACUCAGCCCCAGCUCUGCCCUUUGGCCCACCAGAAAGACCGCAGACCCAGCAAAGACAAAGCAGGAAGGAUUACAGCUGGACAUGGAGCACCUGAAUAACCUCAUCAGUGGAGUGAAUGAUGCACCACAGUCUGGAACAACAGCAAAGCCAAAUGACAGUAAACCUCCUUACUGUGCUGCAGCUGUACACAAUUUUCCCCGUCCCACUCCUGCAGGGGCACAGCAGAAAAAGGAGAAGCCGUGUCCGCCUCCACGUCCUGAUAGGUUAGUUGUAGCUAAAGUGAAAUUAAAAGCAUCUGACCCUGCCAACGUAGAGAGCACAAGCUCUCCUGGGCCUCCAGCUGCAGCGACGGUACGGAGAGUGGAUGUCAUGCCUCAGGCCGGCCCUGUGAGGACAGCAGGUAGACGACCUCAGUUAAUUCGACAGCCCCUUCAGCCAAUAUCUCUACAGUCUCACUUUCGACCCGGCCAAGCUGCUUCAAACCUGCACCUCUUUCUCCCUAGAACAACACCAGGUCCUUCUCCUCUGAAACCUGUUAUUGCUCAGUCAAAACCUGAUACCUCUUCCACUUCUCCAGCUGAGACCCUGGUUCCUGCCGCACCUACACUAGGCCACCCUGUUAUACCUCCUCCUUCCCCAGCAAUUACCCGUUUGUCUUCCACCAGCUCCAGGAAACGCCCUUCUCUGUCCCGGUCUAAAUCGGACAUGAGCGACAGGUACUCCCGAGCUGGGACAGAACUGGAGCGCUUCUUCAACCUGUGCGGCUUGGACCCCACAGAUGUGCAUGAGCUGACUGGAUCUAGCUCUGACAUUGUUUCCAUGGCUCGUUUUCGUAGCGUGAGCGCUCCAGGGUCCGAGUGCGCGGGCUCUGGCCGAGAAGACAAGGAUGAAGACGAGGAGGAGGAGGCUGGCAAAGCUGCAAAUCGUGUUCCCUACGGUGUUUCUGUCAUUGAGAGAAAUGCACGAGUGAUCAAGUGGCUCUAUGGAAUCAAGCAGGCAAAGGACAACUCGACAAAGAGCACCAAUUUAUAGGCUGGUCUCAAGUUUAUAUAAGCUUUGAAUUAAAAAUAAAAAUGCCAACUUUAAUCUUGGUUUUUUUUUUUUAAGAACAAAUUUGGAUAAGACAUUGACUGAUGGAGCUCCAUUACUAGCCUGUUAUUACACUGAAGAAUGUGUAUUAAUGGGAAAGUAUAGUGAGUUUGUUAUAUCUCUUCUUUUUCCCCAUACUUAGAAAAUGUGAGCCAAAAUCUUUGUUCUGAAGGUUUUUCUUGUGCUAUUUUGACUUUUCAAUGCUGUAUUACUUUUGUGUGUCACAGCUGAGGCUGUCUGGCAAAGAAGUGACAUCUUCAUUAAAAAAAUCACUUUGUGCUGUAAAUGGCUGCCAUUAAAGAGAGAAUGCUGCAAGAAA